AUAGCAUAAAAGGGUAUGAGGAUGUUAAAGGCCUUCCAUUUCUCAUCUUGCUCCUCCUCUCCCCCUCUCAAGAUAAGGGAGAGAAAAAAAAUGUACUCGUUAUACUCGGCAGCUCCCUGCAGCCCUAGAAUUUCAAAAUUUUCCAUCAUUUUCCCCACCUUGAAAACCAGCAGCUACGACGCCGGUUUUGGUCGCAGAACAAGGGUGAGGGCCGAGGCGCGCUCUGAUGGUUUGGACACUCCCACCGUCCAAGAAAGCAGUGAACAACAAGAGGCAGGAAGCAGCAGCAACAGCAGUAAGAGCAAGCCGCCUCCUCUUCCUUCCGCUGCUCCCGACAUUGAUAAAAAGAUUAAGAAGGUUGGAUCUCGUAUUUCAUCUCCCAGCUCCAGCCGAGCCAACCAAUCUUUCCCAGAUUGCCAACUUCGUCAGGUUGCUCAGAAGACUGCUGCGACUUUUGCACCAAGAGCUUCCACCGCCACCAAGAAUCCAGCUGUACCUGGAACUGCUUUAUAUACUCUUUUCGAGGUUCAAGGCUAUGCCUCAAUGUUAUUUGGUGGAGCCCUUUCAUUUAAUCUGAUAUUCCCAUCAAAUGAACCAGAUAUAUGGAGACUAAUGGGGAUGUGGUCCGUUUGGAUGUUCACUAUACCUUCCCUUAGAGCGCGCGACUGCUCUAAGAAUGAGAAAGAAGCUCUGAACUACCUCUUUCUUCUCAUCCCUCUACUCAAUGUUGUGAUACCAUUUUUCUGGAAGUCUUUCUCCAUUGUCUGGUCUGCAGAUACCAUAACUUUCUUUGUGAUGUAUGCAUGGAAGCUUGGGUGGCUUCAGAGGUCAGAAUGAAGACUGGUUUGGUGGUUAAAGUUCAACAAAUUUCUCAUUCGAAGUAAAUAAGCCCAGGUGUUAACACAAAUAGUGACAAGGAAGUUUCCUUCAAAAUUAUCUCAAGAUUUAAACACUGAAUUUGAAGCUUUUGAGCCUAUGACUCGAUUGAACAGACUGAUGUAUAUUCGCCUUCCGAGUACGACAGAAAUCAACUUGUGCUUGUGGCAAUUCAGUCUUUUUAUUCAUGUAAAUAAGAGGAGUAUUGCAAGGAACUUGCCUUGGGAUAGGAAUGGGAAAUUGGUGGAGGAACCUGGUUAUUAAGGGGCUUGUUCUGAAGGAAGCAAACAUUUUCAUCUUCCCCUUAUUUGUGUAACUAGAUAAAUUUGUUGGUGUCAAUGUUAGAUGAACUGAUAUUUUUUAUCGGUUACAUACUAUAGUGACCGAGAGUAUUUGCUUGCUUUAUUACUUUAUCUUUA